GACGAUUCUGAAACCAGAUAAUGUUAAUGCAUAACAUCUAGAUAAUAACUUAGCAGUUUUGGAAUCAUUUGCAGCAAUCGAUCUCUUUGUUGUUCAAUAAACUGUUCGUAUAAAGUGCAUUUCUGUAUCACAUGACAGUAGACGUUGUAUAAAUGCUUCAUAUUAUGUGCCGACAACUUGGAUAUCAAUCACUUUUGCCAAAAUUCAUCGACAGUCAUUCGUUGGAUCUUUAAGAAAAUGGUUACACUGCAGAGGCCUUCAAAAUGAGAUGUUCCACUCAUACAAUAACAAAAGUGUCCUUACUUGUUGGGGCCACUGCUAUCAGCACAAUGGCUCUCGCUGUGGCCACUCAUAACUGGAUUAUAGCGGACGAAACCACAAAGCCUUUGGUUGCUGGAGGUGAAAUGGAAGCAAAUGACACAUACCUGAUGGAGUUUUCUGUGAGCCCCUUAACGAACAUAACAACACACUUUGGAUUGUGGCAAGCUUGUAUGACUCUAACAAUGUGGUACCCUUCUAACCUCUUCCCAGAUUUAAAUGGUACCGCCGCCUUCCCUCCUUCUGUGACCUGUCAAAGUUUGGUCGAGUACGAAUCGACAACUUCUGAAGAUAAAUCAAAUCAAGAGACAACAUUUAAAAUAGCUGAGUCUCAAAGGAAUACCGCGCCUUUCUUUGUGGUAAACUUAUGUUUGAUGCUAUUGGCCGCAAUUUUUCACGUCGUGGGUGUGGUCAAACAAAACUGUAGGACACUCAUCGCAGGAAUCAUUUACAUCAUCGCAGGCCUGUCCACCGCGGUUGGGAUUGUUUUGUACAUUACAUACGUUAACGACGGCGUCCAUUAUGCGGGCCCAGAGAAGGAAGAUUUACAUUUCGAAUACCGCUAUGGCUGGUCCGCUUACGUACUCACAAUCUCUUACUUGUCCUCACAAGUGGCCGCAGUCCUCUGCAUUACGUUGUUUUUACAGCGGUACCCUAAGGUUGACGAUCUAGUGAAAUUAAUUCCAGGUCUUGACAAGAAAGUGCCCAAGAAGAAUACUGCUGAUGCAAUCUGCGACCAAGGAACAUUGAUCUAGGACUAUCCAUUAAAAUGGAGUAAAAGUUUAUCUUUUACUAAAGAAGAGAUUUUUCUUGGUUCUGCAAAAUCAAAAUUGAUUACAAAAUACAG